GCUCACUGGCGACGCUCGCGCCGUCUGUCGACGUUGAGGUUCCUUCUUGUUCGACGAAUCUCGUCGCAGCGUUCGAAAUUGUUAAGUGUCAUUGCUCAUUAGCGGUUGAUUCCGACACGUGGAUACGCUGAUCGGAAAUCGCAAUCAGUCGCGCGACGCUCUGAUGACACCGCUCUCGAUAAUAUCAGGAUGCACGCGUAAAACGAUCGGAAAACGUGCGUUUGUGCGUGAAGCUGGGUGUAACGAGCUCUCCUUGAUAUGCCUGUGCACCGUCCUCGGGAUUGUCGGCGCUACAUCUCCUAGUUCUUUCCAACAAUCGAGUCCGUAUUGACAAUAAAAAUGGCGACGAUAGACGGCGAGACAAAACUCGAUAUGUACGAUGACGUUACGUACGCUGUGGAACAUGUCGAGGGUGAGAUGACAGUAGGUACGAAACAGAAAUCAACGCUAGGAGAGCCAGAGUUUAAUACGCUAGAUGAACCCAUCAAGGACACAAUUUUGAGGGAUGUUCGAGCAGUGGGCAAAAAAUUUUUGCACGUUUUGUACCCUAAAGAAAAGAAAAGUCUACUGAAAGAAUGGGAUCUAUGGGGACCAUUAGUGUUAUGUACAUUCAUGGCAAUGAUAUUACAAGGUUCCACCGACACAGCAGAUAAUUCAAACGAUGGAGGGCCUGAAUUUGCAGAAGUAUUCGUUAUCGUCUGGAUUGGAUCUAUGGUUGUCACAUUAAAUUCCAAAUUAUUGGGUGGAAAUAUAUCUUUCUUCCAAAGUGUUUGCGUCCUAGGAUAUUGCCUACUACCGACUGCCAUUGCAUUAAUUUUAUGCAGAAUCAUAUUGAUAGCGCAGCAAACCACUCUUCUAUUUUCCCUCAGAUUCGCCAUCACUUUGAUCGGAUUCUUAUGGGCAACGUUCGCAUCAGUGGCAUUUCUUGGCGAUAGCCAACCUUCGGGACGAAAGGCGUUAGCGGUAUAUCCAAUUUUUCUAUUCUACUUUGUCAUAUCUUGGCUAGUUAUAUCACACACGACAUAAAAUGAAACAUAAUAAUUCAUCUGUCCCAAGACUACAGUACAUGGCUUUAGGUUUCUUUACCAAUUCCGGAAGACAAAGGAACAAAAGUAUUUCCAACUCCCGCAUCUGUGGACGUAUAUUCCAAUAUUGCGUUUUUCUGAGUAAUACACGUACAUGCAUAGUAGCCAAGUAUUUAUUAUCAAACUCGAUAUGUCAAUUAUAAUCGUAUCGUAGAUAUAUAUUUAUAGAAAUUUCAAAAAGGAAAAAAUAACCGAUACAAAGUGACACGAAUGACCAUCUUGCUUGUAUCAUUCGUUCCGAAUUCGUGCACUUGGAUAUUGUUUUUUCGUACUUUAAUGAAUAUUACUUUUUAAGAAAUUUCGCACACACGAUUUUAAUCCUAACGUUGUAAAUUUAAGACAUUUCGACCGUGUGACAGAGACGUGAAACAUAAUUUGUAUCGUUUUGUACAUGUAUAUUAUGUAUAUAAAAUUACGUUUAAACAAUAUGUUGUACAUUAAUAAAAGGAUAAGGAAUUAAAGGAAAGCGUAAA